GUGAGAGACAGAGAGAGAGAUCAUCUAUCCACUGGUUUACUUCCCAAAUGGCCACAAUGGCUGGGGCUGAGCUGGGCCAAAGCCGGAAGCCAGGAGCUCUAUUCAUGCCUUACACGUGUGUGGCAGGGACCCCAGCAUACGGGCCAUCUUCCACUGCCUUCCCAGACAUAUUAGCAAGGAGCUGGAUUGGAAGUAGAGCAGCCAGAACUCCAACAAGAGCUCAUAUGGGAUGCUCCCAUCACAGGAGACAGCUUACACAAUUGUGCCACAAUGCCAGCCCCAUCUUCCUUUUCUACAACUUUUUCCAUAAUACACAAUUGUCAGAUUAACCCUCACAUCCUCUGCCUAGAAUUGGAAAAGCAAAAUUUCCUUCCAUCUGUAAGAGUUGGAACUGAAAUAACAAGUCAACUAAAGCACAAAGGCAUUAUCCUAUUAAAAGCAAAAAUGCAUUAUUCUAAGCAGGCCAGCUAAUUGCUUGGGAAAGUUCACAUUUUCCCUAAAAUGGCUAAUAAAUAGAAUGAAUCCUUUACUUUAACAUGUCUAGUACUAUUUAUUUUUUUGGGGGAAAAGCCAUAUUCAACAUGUGCAGAAAAUAUAGUCAUUAAAAUGAAUAAAACAUGAUUUUGCAGAAUUCAUUUCUGGGUUUGGUUUUAGCCUGUGUUACAAUAGACAUAGUCUGGUGUGUUUGGUAAGAAUUGGAAGGGGUGAUCUCUAAGGUUGUUUGUCCUAUAGGAAUCUACAAUUUGACCAAUAUCUACAAAUGCAUAGCAAAGCUUGCUUUUUAAGUGUUCCAUCUGCUUGCUGCCUGGUCAUUUCAGGCAUGGGAAGUCCAGAAGUGCUGGUGGGAGGACUGAGGGGAGUGAGGGCCAGGGAGAAGGAUGUGUCUACCCUGAGACGCUGGCUGAUCACAUGGGCACUGUGAUCCAAGCACUGUGUGGCUGCAAAAGCCAGUUUGCCAUGACAGCUGGUCCUCCAGCCCGUGGAGUUGCUGGGCUAGCUGAGUUUCAUAGCCAGCUAGACACUGAGAUGGUCUUAAGUAUCUUCUUCAUGUGACUCUUUUUAGUUCUGAUGGCAGUGUACUCUGGACUGCCUGCUGGUACCGCAGCACUCCAUGGAGCAGAUCUUCUUCAGCUCUUUUGACAUAAUUUAGAAGUCUACGGCCAGCGCCGCGGCUCACUAGGCUAAUCCUCCGCCUGCGGUGCCAGCACCCCGGAUUCUAGUCCUGGUUGGGGCGCCAGAUUCUGUCCCGGUUGCUCCUCUUCCAGUCCAGCUCUCUGCUGUGGCCCAGGAGUGCAGUGGAGGAUGGCCCAAGUGCUUGGGCCCUGCACCCGCAUGGGAGACCAGGAGAAGCACCUGGCUCCUGGCUUCAGAUCAGUGCGGUGCACCAGCCGCAGCGCGCCAGCCACAGAGGCCAUUGUGGGGUGAAUGAAUGGUAAAGGAAGACCUUUCUCUCUGUCUCUCUCUCACUGUCCACUCUGCCUGUUAAAAGAAAAAAAAGAAGUCUACAAGUAGAAUUUCAAAACAGGUGGGGACUGCAAUGCCGCUUUAUGCAAGGAGGAACCCUUUGUACAUAUAAGAUAAGAAAACGGACCUGGAGUGUGUGCAUAGCCUGCUGGUGGUCACCUCUCCAGAACCCCGCUUGUAGUUCUGAAUGUUCUGACUCUUGACGUCAUGUUAGCCAUUUUGAGCAUUGAUCUCACCUGAUCGAUGACCUCAAGUAAUCAUUUAAGUGAGUAGACCUGUAUUCCUGGCUUUGUUUUUGUUGUGAUGGAGAUCAGGUUUUAUGGAAUUUAACCUCUGAAUUCCAGUAGUGGAGUGGGGUUAAAGAGGGUUCAGUCUAAUCAAGUUAAUUUUUUUAACAACCAGUAGGAAACUGAAAUGCUCAAUUGUAACGUCUUUUUCCUUGGAAGUACUCUCUGGUCCCUUGAGAGAACCUGCCCACCUUCAUAUUAAUCACAAGCCAGGUGGAUAUUUCAUAUUUCCAAGCUACACAUCACAAACAAAAAGUGCUUAUGUUUAUGCAUUUCACGUUUUUUCUACAUUGAAGGGUCAGCUUUCAUAGCUGGCUCCACCUUCUACUUCUUCCAUCUGCCCUCACACUGAGAAAUAAAACACUUUUGCCUCUUUUCUUACCCCAAAUGAGUUCUCCACCAGAAAGGGUAGUUCCAAGGGCAAUCCACAGCAGCCCAAUUUGCCUUUGGGUGGAUUAUUAACAUAUAUGCAGAAGUAACUGGCUUGUGCCUGUUCAGCUUUGAGAUUUAGCAUCCCCAGUGAGUACAGGGAAAUACAGAUUUCCCAGAGCAAUCCUGUUUAUUUAUUUGAGUGGGAGGUGGGGCAGGGGGGAAGAGAGAGAAAUCCCAUUUGUUGGUUCACUCUCUGGAUGCCUGCAAACACCAGCUGGGAGCCGGGAAUGCAGUCCAGGGGUCCCACGGGGAUGGCAGGAAGCCAGCUCCUUGAGCCGUCACCGCUGCCUUCCAGGACCCACAUUAGCAGGAGCGGGAACGUGGAGCUGGAGCUGGGCAUUGAACCCAGGGACCUGGGUGUGGGAUGUGGGUACCCUGACUGCAUGCAGUCUUCACCACUAGGCUGACAGCCCUGCCCCAAAGCAGCCUUAAAGAAACACAGGAAAAGAAGGUCCCAGUCAUCAUGGGCAGUGCUGAGGGGGAGAGUAAUGAGACGUUGGUUCCAGUCCGUUGACUCUGACCUGCAGGCCUCCUUGGUGGGACCAGGCAGGUGGGCGCCUCUGCCUCUUCUGGUGCCUCCCAUUUCUGUGUGUCUGCUGGCUUUCUCUGGCCUCCUUGUCCUCCUCCCAAUCCCAUUAGUCUGCCGUCAAUGAAUUCUUUCCAUUUUUCUAGGUCUGAAAAAUUCUUUACCUCUCUGUUUUUUUUAAAGAAUUAUUUUAUUUAUUUGAAAGUCAGAGUUACACACAGAGAGAAGGAGAGGCAGAGAGAGAGAGAGAGAGAGAGAGAGAGAGAAAGAGAAAGAGAGAGGUCUUCCAUUCCACUGGUUCACUCCCCAAAUGACUGCAAUGACCAGAGCUGAGCUAAUCUGAAGCCAGGAGCCCAGAGCUUCUUCCAGGUCUCCCACACAGGUGCAGGGGCCCAAGGAGUUGGGUCAUCUAUUGCUUUUCCAGGCCAUAGCAGAGAGCUGGAUCAGAAGAGGAGCAGCCGGGACUCGAACCAGCACCCGUAUGGGAUGCUCGCGCUGCAAGCUGGGGCUUUAACCCGCUGUACCACAGCGCUCAGCCCCUACCUCUCUGUUUUUCAAAUCUAUUUUCUCUAGGUAUAGAAUUAGGGUCUGGCAGUUUUCUUCCAGUCAAUUAAAGAAGUUCUUUCAGUUCCGUCUUUUUGCUCGGUUGUUUUCAGAGACGUUUGCUCUCAUUCCCAUCUUUACUUUUCUGUACCUGGUAUCUUUUUUCUGUUACCUUUUCUCCCUGUCUUGGCUUUUAAGCGGUUUGACUAUGAUGAGCCUUGGUGGAAUUUUCUUCUUGUUUCUUGUGCUUGAGAUUUAUUGAGUAUUUUGAAUCUGUGAAUGUAUAGUUUUCAUCAAAUUUAGAAAAAUUCUGAUCAUUAUUUCUUUUUUCUGCUCCACCCUGACACUGAUUGCAGAAAUAUUAGGCUGCUAGAAAUUGUAGCACAGCUUACCUUUGCCUUUUCUUCCUCUCAUCUUACUAUUAUUCUUAUUAUUUUAAACAUUUAUUUAUUUGAAAGUCAGAGUUACACAGAGAGAGGAGAAGAGGCAGAGAGAGAGAGAGAGAGAGAGGUCUUCCAUAUGCUGGUUCACUCCCUAGUUGGCCGUAACAGCUGGAACUGUGCCGAUCCGAAGCCAGGAGCCAGGAGCUUCUUCCUGGUCUCCCACGUGGGUCCAAGCACUUGGGCCAUCUUCUACUGCUUUCCCAGGCCAUAGCGGUGAGCUGGAUAGGAAGUGUAGCAUCUGUGUCUCGAACCAGCGCCCAUAUGGGAUGCUGGCACUACAGGUGACAGCUUUACCCACUACGCCACAGCGCUGGCUCCUCAUCUUAUUAUUUUUAAUUGUAUUUCAUAUUUGAUAGUUUCUAUAGCUGUGUUUUCAAGUUUACUAAGUUCCUUUUCUUUUACAAUGCCUAAUCUGCCACCAGUCUCAUUUAGUUGGUUUUUCUUAUCACAUAUUAUAGUUUUCAUGCACUCCAGAAGUGUGAUUUGGGACCUUAAACAUUUUUUAAACAAUUUUCACACCUCUGCUUAAUUUAUUCUUUCCUGUAACUUCUUAGACAUGUGGGUAUUUCACAACUAUUUUCAUGUCCUUGUGUACUUAUUAUAUCCUCUGUGUCAGUUCUGGAUUUAUUACUACUGGUUGAUUUUUUCUCUCAUUUUAGGUUGUAUUUUCCUGCUUCUCGCAUGCCUAGUAAUUUUUUAUUAGAGGCCUAGCAUAGUGAGUGCUGGGCACUUCUACAGUGCUGGACAUUGCUGUAUCCCCAUAAAUAUUCUUGUCCUUCAUUCUAGAAUGCGUGCACCUGUGGAACUCUGAAACAGUUCAGUCCUUUCUUAGUUGAGACCAGAGCAGCCUUUCUAACCCCUCCUUCCCGACACCUGGACAGGGCCCUUUGGAUUACUCUUCCUGAUGCCCUGUGAGUUAAAGUGUUUUCUUCCCUUGCUGGUGAGAGUAAGGGCUGAUCCUGGCCUACGGCAAACUCUGGUGAUCAUUUCCUUUGCUUUUUCCAAGUGGUCCUUUCCUGGCCUUGGAUAAGUUCUUCACAUGCAUGCAGGUGCUGAUCAAGGUGGAGCCAGAACCUCCAGGGGACCCCAUGCAGACAGCCCCAGCUCUUUUUCUAGGCCCCUGCCUUGCAAACUCUUAGCUCUGUCCCUUCCACCUGGAGCUCAACAGGCUCUGCCUGACUCCCCGCCCUGUGCUGCAGCCUGGCUACUUCUUCCAGACAAACUGGGGCAAGUGAGGAGCUCUUCCUCUUUGCUGCCUUCUCACAGGAUCAUUGUCCUUUGAUUCUUGCUGCCCAGUGUCUGAAAUCCCUUUUUGUAAAUGUAUUUAUUAUUCUUAUUAUUCUGUGGUGUAAUAGGGCAAACCCCGCACCUCUAUUCCAUCUUGGUUAGAAGUAGAGGCUUGUGAACAGGUUUGAGAAUGAAAUUACACUUUAUGUUUUCUGAAAAUCAAACUGAAUGGUUACCAAUAUGUGUGACUUCCACAGCUAAACAAGAAUAAUCGUGCAGGGUUUCAAAAUCGUGUAUUCCCCUGUGUUCAAAGAAAAAUACAGUCCCCCCAAAAACAAAAACUAGAUUGCUUUAAUUUAAAGUGGGACAAAAUGAGUAUUUUUUCCUUUGUGUUUAAGUCAGGUUGAUUGUAGAUAAAGGAGAGGGCUUUGAUAUCAUCAGCAAAGCAUUCUUCCCAGUCAGGAACAAAGGCAAGUGUUCUUGGAAAAGGCUUAUGGGUGUGCUGAGGGCGCCUGUGUUAUUUGCCCUCACUUUGAAUGAAAAAAGAAAGGUAUUUAUUUUUAUAGUAAUGUUUCCUCCAAGUGAUUGUGUGGCAAGCACAGGACAUAACACUCUGCAUUACAAAGCAGAGAACAAAUAGAGCUUUGUAAGGACAGGCCAUGAUAGCCACACUACACAAGUGCUCUUUACCAGGGUGAGAAGCUGAGGAGGUUCCUGUUUCCUGACUUGUUGUUUUUAAGUGUGAUUGAUACCUGCUCUUCAGCAGAGGACAGGCAGAAACCAAGGAAGCUGUUAAGAAAAAAACAACUCUAGGCAAAGUCAUCUUGGUUUUAACUCCUGGGCUGCCAAGCCCAGACCCCCUGCUGUCUUCUUUGCCCUUGGGCAUGUUUGUUCUGGCCUCUAAGGGUGCACUGGUCCAUUUCCGAGGAGCAGUGUGGGGAGAAACAGGGAGCAGAAGCUGAGUGACAGUCACAGCGGUCCCUGCAGGGUGCCGUGCCCUGGCUAGAUCAGUGUCGCUCUGCUCUCGGGGCCACUUCCAGUCGCGUGUCUCAGCUUCCUCUGGCUUUGGGGCAGAUCUGAGCUGUCUGUGUUUGCAGAGUGCAGAGACAUCCGGGUGCCGGCAGCAUGGCAGUGGCUGAUGGGGACGCGUCGGUGUCCCACUGGAUGAGGAAGAGCGGGGAGGCCGGCUGGGGUCAGAGCUUGGGCUCCACGUCAGAUGCCCCCGGGGCCGUCCCUGUACUCGCAAGGCUGUGAUGUCUGUGACUUCCCAUCCGUUUCUCCCCACAGUCUCACAGUACUGUCUCAUUUCCCAUCUUGUAACUUUUCAGGUCACUUUUCACUUGUGCGUAGGUCUUGCUGCAAACACUUAAAAAUUAGUAGAGCUGGGAGUGAGCCGCGUCUCCUGCAGUAGCUCGCUCUGUGCCUGGUGGGAUGCACCUGUUGGCCUGUGGAGCACCCUGUGCCUGGUGGGAUGUACCUGUCGGCCUGUAGAGCGCCUGUGCCUGGUGGGAUGCACCUGUUGGCCUGUAGAGUGCCUGUGCCUGGUGGGAUGCACCUGUUGGCCUGUAGAGUGCCUGUGCCUGGUGGGAUGCACCUGUUGGCCUGUGGCUCGCCCUGUGCCUGGUGGGAUGCACCUGUUGGCCUGUGGCUCGCCCUGUGCCUGGUGGGAUGCACCUGUUGGCCUGUGGCUCGCCCUGUGCCUGGUGGGAUGCACCUGUUGGCCUGUAGAGCGCCUGUGCCUGGUGGGAUGCACCUGUUGGCCUGUGGAUCACUGGGAUAGAUGGGCAGGCAGGGCAGUUACUGCAGGGAUGCUCACAGAUCCACAUUGUUUUGUUUCUCUCCUCCCUCUUAGUCCUCACCGCUUGUUCCUUUCUGAGUUUCUUCUUCUCUCAGCCCUGCCAAAUGCUUUGGGGAUCCUUUACUCUCUUGGUGGCUUAAAACUGGGGAGUCGGCCUAGGUUGCCUCUGGCUGCCCUCAUCUUACUCACCCCAGGUCCCUUCGCUGUGAAGCACCUGCAGGAGUCCUGGGAUGUCCCUUUCUGCCUGGAACAUACCGGCAGCUGCCUUCUGGGCCUGGGUAGUGUUCCUUGGUGCCGACUUUUCCCCAUUGAACCCUGUAAUGACUUGUUUUGCUGGGAUCUGCUGUCUAGUAUGUUACAGGUGUUGAUGGGGUUUCAUAAAUCCAUGGAAGUAGAAUUCCUGCUAAAGCAUUCUCAAGGUUCUCUGUGACCCCUGCCUCAUAAGGCGGUGCCCUCUCAUCAUCAGAACGCACACGCUAGUCACACGGCUAGAAGACUCCUGCUGACUGCCAUCGGAUCAUCCUCACCCACUCUGCUUUCCGGAGGUGUGGUUAGAGGGGAGACGCCCUCCACAUAGCCCCUGAUCAUGCAUCAUGUACUGUGCUUGGGUCUUGGCAGCGCCUCCCCUGCUGGCUGUGAGGGUGAAUGAAGACGACUCAUUGACCGCCCAGUGCUCGCCUGUUGGAAUCUGGGGUGGAAUUUUCUGCCAAACUGGGCAGCCCUCGCUCUGUCACCCUGCCCAGGGCUGUGGUCCUCAGUUUUCAGACUGUGCUGCAGACACACCUUGUUGACCUGGUGCCCUCCAUCGGCACGUGUGGGUAAAGUUCUGGUGGACAGAUUUGGCUGUUGUUCUUUGGCCAGCUUUCAUCAAUGUGUAUUCUGUUGGUUUUCUUUUUAAGAUUUAUAUUAUUUAUUUUAAAAGCAGAAAGACACAGGCCUGCACUGUGGCAUAGCUGGUAAAGCUGCCGCAUGCAGUGCCAGUGUCCCAUUUGGGCGCCGGUUCAAGACCCAGCUACUCCACUUCCAAUCCAGCUCUCUGCUAUGGCCUGGGACAGCGGUAGAAGACGGCCCAAGUCCUUGGGCCCCUGUACCCACAUGGGAGACCCAGAAGAAGCUCCUGGUUCCUGGCUUUGGAUCGGCACAGCUCCAGCCAUUGUGGCCAUUUAGGGAGUGAACCAGUGAAUGGAAGACCCCCUCCCCUCUCUUUGCCUCUCCUUCUCUCUGUGUAACUCUGACUUUCAAAUAAAUAAAUGAAUCUUUAAAAAAAUCAGAGAGGGAAUGAGAGAGAUAGAGAAAGAUAGAUCAAUCUUCCAUCUGUGGGUUCACUCCUCAGAUGGCUGCAUCAGCUCGGGCUGGGCCAGGCAGAAGCCAGGAGCCUGAAAUUCCAUCCAGGUCUCCUGCAAGAGUGGCAGGGGCUCAAGCACUCGGGCCAUCUUCUGCUUCUUUCCCAGGUACGUUAGCAGGGAGCUCGAUUGGAAGUGGGGCAGCAGAGAUUUGAACUGGCACCCAUAUGAAAUGCUGGUGUCACAGAGGGUGGUUUAACCCACUGCACCACAACACUGUCCCCCAAUGUAUGUGUUCUUAAUGUUUGCAAAGUAGUUUAUCUAGAGCCCUGCCAGUAUUGCUAAACUAAGAAAACAGUUAAAUACAUGGCUACUGCUUUCCUAGAAUAUCCUGAUUGAAAUGAAACAUGAGAAGUGCAGGCAAGAGCAUUGGCUAUGCUUGCAGCACUAACAGUGUUAGCAACGUGGGCACCUCUGGUUCUGAACACGGUGGGACACUCACCUGAGCCUUCCUCCCCGUGGGCCCUUCCCCUGCAGCUUUGUUUUGGUGGCAGCUGCACUGUUAGGUGACCAAGCACAGGGAGACUGUGAAAUAUUUUUUUAAAGAUUUAUUUAUUUACUUGAAAAUCAGAGUUAACACACACCGCGGCAGGGUGGGGGGGAGUGUCUUCCAUCCGCUGGUCCACUCCCCAGUUGGCUUCAAUGGCUGGAGCUUCACCAAUCUGAAGCCAGGAGCCAGGAGCUUCUUCUGGGUCUUCCAUGCAGAUGCAGGGGCCCAAGCACUUGGGCCAUCUUCUACUGUUUUCCCAGGCCAUAGCAGAGAGCUGGAUUGGAAAUGGAGCAGCCAGGACUUGAACUGGCGUGCAUAUGGGAUGCCUGCACUGCAUGUGGCAGCUUUACCCACUGCAUCACAGUGCUGGCCCCACUGUGAAAUCUAGAAGCAGGCAUGAGUGGCAGCUUUAUGUCUUUCUGACAGUAGAUCAUCUAGGGGAUUUGCGGGAAAUGAGGAACUUGAGAAUGGUUUUCCUGCUCUGGCCCCCAUGUCUGGCUCCCCAUCCCUGUCACUGCCAUGGAUCCUCUCUUGUUGAUGACUUAUAUUUUAAGACUAUAUCCAGGGUCGCCGCCGGCUGCCGCUUCCCGGCGCGAUGAGGAAACUGAGGCCCAGAGAGGUUAAGUGACUUGGCCAAGGUCAAACAGCUAUCCAGGAGCCAUGUCCACCUUGUUCCCUUCCCUCUUUCCUCGUGUGACUGAGACACUGUGGUUUAAUCUGGAUCGACCCUGUGUGGAGGAGACAGAGCUACAGCAGCAGGAACAGCAGCAUCGGGCGUGGCUCCAAAGCAUUGCAGAGAAAGACAGCAAUCUGGUACCUAGCUGCAAGCCAGCCUCAGAGCACUAUGAGGAUGAGGAAGAAGGUGAUGAAGACGAUGAGGACAGUGAAGAGGACUCAGAGGAUGAUGAGGACAUGCAGGACAUGGACGAGAUGAAUGACUACAACGAGUCACCUGAUGAUGGAGAGGUCAAUGAGGUGGACAUGGAAGGCAACGAACAGGAUCAGGACCAGUGGAUGAUCUAGGGAGACAAGGCAGGGUGGCCUCAGGGAGAUUCCAGGCCAACCCAGCCUAUCUUGCACCCCCAAUGCCCAGCCCCAAGCCCUCAGCCUACAGAACCAGCUGAUGGCCCAGUGCCUGAGAGCUCAUCCUGGGCACUUCCUCAGCUGCUACCCGGACCUGGUCUCCUUGGCUCUCCCAGGCCAUGAGUCUGCUCUUGAAUCCCCAGGGCCUGAGCCCACCCUACCUUCUUGGCCAGUACUUUACCCUUUGGCUACCAGGUCUGGUCUCUAUCUAACCCUCUUUAAUAAAGACACAGGACUGAAAAAAAAAAAAAAAAAAAGACUAUAUCCAGGCCGGCGCCGUGGCUCAAUAGGCUAAUCCUCCGCCUGAGGUGCCGGCACACCAGGUUCUAGUCCCGGUUGGGGCUCUGGAUUCUGUCCCGGUUGCUCCUCUUCCAGGCCAGCUCUCUGCUGUGACCCGGGAGUACAGUGGAGGAUGGCCCAAGUGCUUGGGCUCUGCACCCCAUGGGAGACCAGGAGAAGCACCUGGCUCCUGGCUUCGGGUCAGCACGGUGCGCCAGCCACAGCACGCCGGCCGCGGCGGCCAUUGGAGGGUGAACCAACGGCAAAGGAACACCUUUCUCUCUGUCUCUGUCUUUCACUGUCCACUCUGCCUGUCCAAAAAAAAAAAAAAAAAAAAAAAAAAAAAAAAUAGACUAUAUCCAAACUACAGGUUCUGUCAUUUUAAGGGGGAAUUUUUCUUAAAGACUUAUUUUUAUUUGAAAGCCAGGUGUGAGAGAGAGAGAGAGAUCUUCCAUCUGCUGUUUCACUCCCCAAAUGCCCACAAUGACCUAUCUGGGACCAGGCCAAAGCUAGGAGCCAGGAACUUCCUACAGGUCUCCCAUGCGUGCAGGAGCCCAGGGACUUGGUUCACCUUUCACUGUUUUCCCAGAUGCAUUAGCAGAGAGCUGGAUAGGAAGUGGAGCAGCCAGGACUUGAACUGCCACCCAUUUGCAGGUGGAGAUGUAACCUGCUGUGCUACGAUGCUGGCCCCAGGCAGGGGGAACUUUUUUUACUUAAUUCCUUUUGUUCGGACAGUUUAUCAUGCAUGUCCUAGAUCUUCUAGAAGUGCUCGUAGUUCUCCAGUGUGGACCACUCUCAACCUCCAGGAACACGACUUCCCCACUGGAUGAGCAGUUCUGCUCCCCAUCCAGGCGGCUGCAGCCCAGAAGCGGAACUGAGUAGAGACCUUAGGAGAGAGAACGGUGUGUUCCUGGUCCCUAGCUCAUUGAUCCUUGAUUUCAGGACUUUGAUCUGCAAGUCCCCUGCUUAAAUUGCAAUGUGUUGCUUGAGACCAAAUAUGAAAUACGGUCAUGGAAAUAUCUUCCCCCCUUUCCAGCCCGUCUAUAGCAGUAAGCACUGUUCUUAGAUUCAUGCUGCACAUUUGGAACCGUGAGUAAGUUUGAGGUUUUCCCAAAAAGAAAAGAAAAAUGAAUAGAGCUGAAACAUUUAAAGCAGAAAUGUAAUUAUGUGUUACUUUGAAGAUAGACUUUGCCAAAAAACCCCAUUUUUGUACAAUUUUUCCCUUGUGUUGAUUCUUAAAAGCUCACAGCAAUAAAAAUAAAAGCUCACAGCAAAUUUUUGGAUUUUUUAAAUUGAAUAUUCCAUUUCAUUUUUGUUCUUUGGUUUUAAAUGAAAAUUCAUUCAUUUGAGUAAAGAAAACAUGACCCAUGUUUGCCGUUCCUUUUCUACGCAGUCUGCCGGCCCUGGAGGUGUAAGAAGUGCUUGGCUGGGUCUCACCCCUCCCCUGAUGUCUGCUUCCUCUGUAUCCCUCUCUUGGGCUCUUCUCCGUGUUGGCAUCAGCCUGGCCUGCAGCAUCCCACUGUCCUCUGGGCUCUUCCCGGUGGUGGUCUCUUGCCGCCUCCUGUUGCUGUGGAUUCAUUUUGAGAGGAGGAGCGUGAUGGGGGCAAGAGGCGCAGAGUCACCACACAGACCCUGGGAGUUGGGUGAAAGCGGGCCAGAGGCAGCAGCCUGCAGACUCGUUUAUUUCAGUUGGUAUACAGCAGCUUAAAUAGCCAAGGCAGCCAAUCCAGUCAAGGGGCGGUUUAUGCCCUAGCCAAUCACAGCUUGUUGCCAGGCAGGCUCUGUUGCCAUGUGGUUUCCGAAGCCAUCCAAUCACAGCUGGUUGCCAGGCAGGCUCCGUUGCCAGUGGCCAUCUUGGCAUGGCUUCCUCAUUCCACCACAGCCUCCACUGUCCCAUCCACAGGCAGGGAGCUUAUGCAGGGCUCAGGCCUUUAGAAGCACAGGAGGGACAGGGUCCUGUAGCCAUCCUGUCUCCACCCCCGCGGCACGGCCUGUCUUCCACUGGGGACUCACCAUCCUUUGUCUUACUUUAGGAUGUUAUUGCUGACUCUGGCCCUGAUCUGGCGGCCACUCUGAUGGUGAGAGCAUCGCGUCCUCCAGGCCGCUUCAGGCUCUCCCUCAAAGCCCAGGAAAACCUGCACUAAUGUAGACACGUAGGAGUCUCCUGUUUUGUUUUGUUUUUUUCCUUUCUUUUAUUUUUUUUGGACUUAUUAUUUUGAAAGAGUUACAGAGAGAGAGAGGGAGACAGAGAGAGGGAGACAGAGAGAGGGAAGGAGAUUGAUCUCCAUCCACUGGUUCACUCCCCCAAAUGGCUGCCAAGGCCAGGGCUGAGCCAGGCCAGAGUUAGGAGCCAGGAGUUCCUUAUAUGUCUCCCAAACGGGUGCAGAAACCCAAACACUUGGACCAUCUUCUGCUGCUUUUCCCAGAUGCAUUAGCAGGGAGCUGGAUCAAAAGUGGAGCAGCCUGGACUCUAACCAGCAGCCCUAUGAGAUGCUGGCAUCGAAGGCAGAGAUUUAUCUUUUUUAAAGAUUUAUUUAUUUAUUUGAAAGUCAGAGUUACACACACACACACACACACAGAGAGAGAGAGAGAAAGAGAGAGAGAGAGAGAGUAGAGGCAGAGAGAGAGAGAGAAAUAGAAAGAGAGAGAGAGAGAGGUCUUCCAUCCUAUGGUUCACUCCCCAGUUGGCUGCAGCGGACAGAGUUGCAUCGAUCCAAAGCUUCUUCCGGGUCUUCCACGUGGGUGCAGUGGCCCAAGGACUUGGGCCAUCUUCUACUGAUUUCCCAGGCCAUAGCAGAGAGCUGGAUCAGAAGUGGAACAGCCAGGUCUUGAACCAGCAGCCAUAUGGGAUGACAGCACUGCAGGCCAGGGCGUUAACCUGCUGCUCCAUAGCACCGGCCCCUAAGGCAGAGGUUUUACCUGCAAUGUCACAAUGCCAGCCCUGCCACCCUCUAAUUCUAAAUGCAAACCCCACCUCAUUCAAGAACUGACCCAGGUUCCCCAGAAGGCCUGUAUACUAUUUGGCAUGAAAUUGGUACAGCUGCAUAAAGAUAAUAUAAAUCCUGAUUGGUCACCCAAUGAGGGAAAAAUAGUGGCAUAAAAAUACAUGAGUUAGGAAUGAAUAGUUGCAGGACUGGCGCUGUGGCACAGUGGGAUAAGCCUCUGCCUGCAGUGCCAUCACCCCUUAAGGACGCCAUUCGUGUCCCGGCUGCUUCUCUUCUGAUCCGGCUCUCUGCUAUGGCCUGGGAAAUCAGUGGAAAAUGGCCCACAUGCUUAGGCCCCUGCACCCAUGUGAGAGACCCAGAAGAAGCUCCUGGCUUCUGGCUUUGCAUCGGCCCAGCUCCCACUGUUGUGGCCAUUUGGUGAGUGAAUAAUCAGAUGGAGGACCUUUGUCUCUGUGUCUCCCUCUCUCUGUCUGUAGCUGUCUCUCAAAUAAGGAAACAGAUCUUUAAAAAAAUAAAAGAAUGAAUAGUUACUUCGAAGACUGUUCUCAUGCCUGCAAAACACAAUAAACUGGAGAAUGUUUCAGUGAGAGCUGCUCCAGUUGCCUUGAGGUGGUCCUUUGUUAUUUAACCAUUAAUUUGUAGCUAGCUGCUUAAUCCAAAAUACCCUGCAGGACAGUAAAACCAUAGUGAGACCUUGAAAAAAGCAAAUGCCACAGUGAGCACAAGCGUUAGAACCAGAACAUAACCUUGAUUUCAAGGGAAGAUUUAUGGCAAUGCUAUUUUUGUACUGAAAAAUUAAGGACCUUGCUUUUUAUGUCCUACAGCAUGGGAACAAAGAUUAAAUCAGAGGGUAUGUUCUAUCCAUUCUCUGAUGUGUUUGGCACAUUCGAAAAGUAAAUAUGGCAGAUUUAACUUCAAAUAGUCUUUCUUGAUUUUAUUUUCUUAGUUAUGUUCUAUUACUAUUUUAUUCAAAGUAUGCAUUCAACUGAACCUUUUACCUUCACUUCCACUGAAAAGACAGCUACAGAGUACAUAAGGAAAUCAUUUCAGAGACUCAGUUGGCACUAAUAAGUGUAUUUUUCUUUUUAAAAUAUCAGGUUAAUUAGGACUUUGAAGAAAACUGUUAUCUCACGAAGAGUUUGGCUGUAGUCACCAGGAUUUUCAAAGGCAUUGAUUCAUUCUUCUAGCAGAGCUUGCUCUAACAUCUCUGGAAGUCAGGGAUGAGGCCUGGCGCCAGCUCAUAGCCACAGAGAAGUGGGCGGGCCAGGGCACUGUGCCCUGCAGCCCAUCCGGCCUGUCUGGGAUGAGAGUUCUCAGAGGUGAGAAUCCAGUUUUCACAUUUGGAUUCAGCAUUUUCUUUUGUUCUGCCUGUAGAAGAGACAUAAAGUCACCCCUUAGUACCCAAGAGGACUUGGUUUCAGGAUCUCUCAUGAAUGUUGAAAUCCAUGGAUGGGCAAGCCCCUUAUAUAAAAUGGUGCUGUAGUAUUUCUAUAUAACCUAUACACAUCCUCUUGAAUGCUUUUAAUCAUCUCGAUUACUUGUAAUACUUAAUACAAUGUAAUUGCUAUGUUAAUAGCUACUAAUACCAUAUUAUCUAGGGAAUAACAAGGAAAAAGAAUCUGUACAUGUUCCGUGUAGGCACAGUUUAUAUUUUUAUUUUUUCUAGUAUUCUGAUUCAUGGUUGAUUGAAUACAUGGCAUGAGAACCUAUGGCUGUGGAGGGACGAAUGUAUACACCCUUAUAAUCUGCAGUCCCAGGGAGGUGCCAAGGAGGUCUUCUUGGGUUGAAAGACCAUGGCUUGUAUCUUGAAUCUCCUUAGAUGUGUAUUAUUCUCCCUAUCAAAGUCUACAAAUAGCCUAGUCAUCCCUGUUCUAACACCAUAGAUAGAACAAAAUUAAAGCUGUGUGUCAAGUGUGUAACAGGGAUAGGUACAUAUCUUGGUAAAUAAUUCCAUUGAAAAAUUCAUUCUGCUAUUUUUUUAAAAUAAAGAUGAGAACAUGGAUCAUGACCCUAGGCACAGUAGCAUGAACUUGAAAUGGUGUAUUUGGUAGCUCCAAGCCUAUGUGAGGGACUGGCUCCUACUAGUUAGUAUGUGGGCUCCCUGUGCAUAGUGCAUUGCACACACACUCAGCCAGUCCUGAGGACUUCAGAGUGCCAGUGAGUGCAGAUUCUCAGUCUACAUGAGGCAGAUGAGGUGUCCAGCGGGUUCCCAGGCUCCACAUGUGGUUGCCAGCCUGGCUUCUCUUGAAAGAAUUUCCCCACGAAUGUCCCAUCUGUUCACCACAACUCUGCAUGACCCAAAUUGGCAACAUGCCUGGUAUUGCAAAGGAGUUUUUCCUUUUCCCCAACUCCCACAUUUCUGUUCUCCAAACUAAUAACCCUAGCCUACCCAGGAUUUAUUAUAACUUGUGCUUGGAGAAUACACAUUGCGUCAUUAACUGUGUUUUAUAGAUGAGGUGGCUGAGGUCCAUGCUCAUAGGAGUUAGCAAUAUGCUUAGUGGGUGGCAGAGGUGAGCCUGAGUCUGGUCAUGUGUUUUAAGGCUCAGCUGUUCCCACUCUACAGCUUUUCUGCUGCUGUGAUUUGGUUGACAUAUGGAGUGUCAUACAGGGGUUAAACCCCCAUGUCAUAAGUUAGUGAUGUUAAGAGGAUAGGCUUAAUCCACUUAUAGGGCCUGGUGGUAGUCCUCAGCUUACCGAGGGCUGCUCUUGGAGGGCAGUCCUCCUGAGAAUUGGUGAUGUAAGUUGAGUUCUACCCAGCCUAUCUCUGCCUCUGGCUUGCUAUGCAAUCCCUCCCCUGUUACAAGUUCAGUCGCUGCCACGGGCCUCUCCCCGGCGCUGAAACCUGUGGCAUGCCCUUUGGGUUUUAAACCUCCAAAGCUGAGCUGAAUAACCCUUUUCUUUUUUGUAAGUUGCACCUUAGGUGUUUCAUUAUAGUAAUGAAUAGCUGACUAACACAUCUAUCUGUGGCCCCUUUACAUGUGUAUUCAUGUGUGACCAUCUGUGUGUGCACAUGUACACGCACAUAACACACAUCACCCACUCAGCACUCGUACACACACCAUACACACUCACAGACCCUUCCCACAUUCUACACACUAACACACUUCAAAUGCAUGCUCCUGCUCACUCAUGCCUCACAGCACGUAUGUACUCCUCUCAGAAUCCCAGGACUGUCGGAUGUGGGUGUGCAACUGUGGACUGGCUGUGCCUUAUAUCAUUAAUUAUCCUACUUCACAAAGAUGCAGCCCUUGGUCAUGAGGGCACCAGGUGGAAAUGGGGUCCUGAGAAGCCCCUAAAGCAGCACACUCCACUGGAUAUUGGUCAUAUUUUCCUCAUGUGUAAAAUGCAAUUUUACCUAAAUUCUGUUCUUGGUUUAUGUUAUGCAGAAUUCAUCACGGUCCCCACAUAUGUGUCCUUCCCAACCCUCAGAAUAUGCUACUAUUUUAGGUUACAUGGCAAAGGGAAUUAAGGUGCUAUUCAUUUAGGUUGGUCUUACAGUGAGGAGAUUAUCUUGGGUUACCUGGAUGGGCCCAGUGUAAUCACGAGGUCCUUAAGGGAGAAGCAAGUCAGGAAAGAGAACCAAGGAGGAAGUCUUUAAGCUGGUGGUUAGAGAUGCCUGCGUCCCACAUCAGAGUACCUGGAUUCAUCUCCUGGCUCUGGCUACUGACUCCAGCUUCCUGCCAGUGCAGGCUCUGGGAGGCAGCAGGUGUUGGGUCCCUGCCACCUAUAUGGGAGAUCUGGAUUGAAUUCUUGGCUCUGGACUGGCCUGGCCUCUUGUCAUUGUGGGUUAUUUGGGGAAUGAACCAGCAGAUGAGAGCUGUCUCGCUCUCUUUUAAAUAAAUAAAAACAAAAUUUAAAAAAAGGAAAAGAAAAGGGAACGAGGGAGAUGGCAAUUUGGGGAGAGAACCCCAACCAUCACUGUUGACUUUGAAGAUGGAAGAAGGGGCUGCAAGCCAAGGAAUGCAGGUGGCUCUGGAUGCUGGAAAAAAGCAAGGAAGUAGAUUCUCCUAGAGCCUCCAGAAAGGAAUGCAGUCCUGUUGACACCUGUGGUGGGAUUCUGCCCUCCAGAACUAUUGAUAAUAAGUUAGUGUGGUUUUAAGCCUCUGUGUUGAUGGUAAUCUGUUAUAGCAGCCCCAUGAACUAAUUCACAGUUCCAGAGUCUCAAAGCCUGAACACCUGUCCAGAUGGCAUCCUCCUGCAAGCAGGGCCCUAGAGAAUCUGCCUCGACCUUUAGCAACACAGAGCCAGGCUUUCAAAGACAGAGCUGCAUGCUGUGCCCUAGACACCAAGAGCAGCCCCAACUGUGCUGCAGGGUGGGCGUGUGCCUGGGUUUCCAUGGUGCACUUUGCCUAGAUUCUUUGCUGUUUUAAAAAGAAAAGCAUCCAGACGGAGAGUUCCCAAAUAAAGUCUUGGCCCCAAAGCAACAUUUUACCAGCUUAACACAGGAAAAUACUUUUUAAAAAAUGUCUCCGGGUGAACAGAGACGGCUUUGUAUUUGGUAUUGACCCUGGUCAUGCUCUAGUCAUGCGGAGGGCGUGUGGAUGAGAUCCUUUGCUGCCAGAUGUGGGGAGGUGAUCAGCCUUCUGUUGUCUGCAGGUGGCCAGCUGCUCAGCAACCUGGGCCCAUUAUCAGGGUGAUGAGUCAGUACCUGACACUUGGCUUUGUGCACUGUCAGUCACACCCUCCAAAGCUCAGAGGCUGGUACUGGGGCUUGCACCACAUCAGCUGCCUGAAGCCAGAGCAGGCCACCUAUGCCGUGGUUGCCACAGCGUCCGUGAGCGUUAGAGAGCAGGAGGGUGUGUUUUCCCUAAAAGCCAGCUGUUCCACACCAGAUUGAACAAUUUUAGCCAACUGAGCAAAUUGAGGCCCAAUAAAUGGGAGCUCUGGGUGGUGGCUUUGUCUGCCUGGGAGCUGAGUGGAAUGAGCUUAUGCAGGAUGAGCGCACACACUCCUGCCUGCACCCGCACCCCCACUCAGGCUCAGCCCUGCAGCUAGCUCACCAUGCUCCUGUGUGCUUUAGGGUGCUGAGCGCCACAGGCAGCUUGACAAGCCACUCCUGGCAUGCAGGCUCCGUCACCUUCAUUCCCACUUUGCAGAUGGACACAGAUGCUGAGGCUCAGAGACCUGACUGGCCAUGCAGCUGCUGAGAACUGGUCCUGGGUUUAACCCAGGGAGACACCCUGUCUGCUGUGCAUCAGGGUGCAGCCCAUGCUGGGGCUCAGGGAGGUGCUAGCUCAGUGGCCUUUGCAUCUGGGGCACAGCUCUUCAACUUCUAGUAUGCACACAGCAAUGUGGGGGUAGUAAACCUGAGGAUGAAGACCUGAGUCCAGCCCGAUCUCCCUGGGGACACCCCGUCUGCACCUAACUGCUGAGUUCUCUUUUGCUAGACUCCAAAGUUUCCCCUCUCCCCUACCUCAUAGAUUUAUUUAUUUAUUUGAAAGGCUGAGUUACAGUGAGGCAGAGACAGAGACAGAGGGAGAGACAGAGAGAAGUCUUCCAUCCCGUUGGUUCACUCCCCAAAUGACCUCAAUAGCCAGAGAUGUUCCAAUCCAAAGCUAGGAGCCAGGAGCUUCUUCCGGAUCUCCCACAUGGGUGCAGGGGUCCAGUCCUUUGGGCCAUCUUCCUCUGAUUUCCCAGGGCAUAGCAGAGAGCUGGAUUGGAAGUGGAGCAGCUGGGACUUGAACCGGCACCCAUAUGGGAUGCUGGAACUGCAGGUGGCAGCCUUACCUGCUACACUACAGCCCUGGCCCCAUCCUCUCUCUUUUUAAAGCGAGUUACUUAAAAGCAAAACAAAAUGUCCCUUCACCCAGAGCAGGCUACCGAGUCUAAGGGUUCCCUUGUGUCCACUUCUGCCUCCUGGGCAGGCAGCACUGACUUGCUUCUCUCCUCUCACCUGAGUUACUGCAGAAAUACCCCAUCGUUCAGCAGCUGCCCUGCCUUCACUGUGCACCCUUUCCAGCCGAAAGCUGGCUGCAUUCCUUCAUUCGGUGCACAUCUGAAGAACUCCUGUACACCAUCAGCGGGAACGUGCAUUAGUACAGGUAUUCUGAAAACAGUGUGAAGGUUCCUCAAAAAAUUAAAAGCAGAACCACCAUAGGAACCCUCCAUCACACAACUGGGUAGAUAUCCCAAAGGAAUGACAAGGAGUUGUCUGCAAUCCCAUGUUUAUUGCAGCACUACUCACAAUAGGCCAGACAUGGAGUCAACUUCAAUGUCCAUCGACAGAUGCAUGGAUGACAAAAAUGUAGUAUGGGCACACACAACAUAUUACCAUUCAGCUUUGUAUAAAGGGUGAAACCCUGUCAUGUGUGACAACGUGGAUGGACCUGGAGGACAUUGUAGGAGGGUGAAUAACUUAGGCACAGAAAGACAAAAGCUGCAUGAACUCAUGUGGAAUCUAAAGCAGUGGAACUCACAGAAGCAGAGAGUAGCAUGACGAUUAUCAGAGGCUGGGAUGCUGGGGGAAUGUUGAUGUGCUGGCUAAAGGGUACAAAAUAUCAGAGGAAUACAUGAUUAGCAUUUAAGGUGUUGCAUAUAAUAUGCUUCAUUCAACCAUCCCAUACUACAUGCAUAUAUCAUAACGUAACCAUGUACCCCAUAAUUGUAUAUGGUUAUUACUUACAAAAAAUAUCUGUGGUAUGACCAAAUGGGAAGCAGGAGACAGACUGAUUUCAGUGAAGGAAGGAAAUGGUUCUUAGGGUGUUAAGUUUUUGGGACUAGAACCAAGGUAGGAAAAGGAAGAAAUGUGGACAAAGCUCAGUUAAUUUAUUAGGGCUUGUGUUCAAAGGAUAGUAAAUGCUGAUCCUGUGUUUAUUCACAAUUUUAAUGUUUUUACUUCUCAGGGAUAUUUUUCAUGGAUUUUGUUUUUAGAUUGCAUUAAAAUUUUAUUCAGCUUAAUUAGUGAGCUUUUAUUUUAGGUGCCCCGUUGCCUUUUGCACCUCAGAAGGGAACCUCACCUUUCUUAUCCCAGCUGCAUCCUGACCUGGGUUCAGUGUCAUCAUGAAAAGAUAUUUUUUUAAAAUUUAUGAUAAGUGAGAAGGCAGAUUUGUUAACUAGCUUGAUGUAAUCAAUCCAUAAUGUAGAUGCUUGCCUUGUAUGCCAUAAACAUAUGUAGUUAUUAUCUGUCAAUUUAACACAUUUUUCAAUAACAUAAUUCUUAACAUCAUUGACUCAUUCCUUAGAAUGAGGCCCUAGAGUCAAAGGUGUUGAAGGUCUCAGUAGCUCCUGUUAGUUAAGGAUCGUUGCUAAUUGUUAGAUUUCUGUGUUUGGGAUAGGGUGGAAGGGAGGAAUGUCAGGAAUUGAGAUACCGUGUUCCACAACUUUUAAUUUAUAAAAUGCCUGUAGUAGCCAGGUCUUCAUUUCCACAACCAAAAAACCUGAGGAGAACUAGCUUACAAAGGAAAAGGUUUCUUCUGGCUCACAGUUUUGAGGGUUCACAGUCCAAGAUCAGGUGUCCCCAUUGGUCUGGCAUCUAAUGCAGGUGGCAGAUCACAUGUGGCGGGAGGAUCAUACGGCAUGUCAGGAAGCAGAGUGAGAACAGCUGGACCAAGCUGGGCGUAUGUAACCCUGAGAACUGCAUUUCAUGGUCACACCUCCAGGGGCCGAAAGAGCUCCUGCUACUCCAUCCUCAUAGACCCCAUAAUUGCAUCCUGUCCAUGAACCGUUCACCUUGAUCCAUGAACCAUUAACAUAAGAUUUUGAGGUUUAGAUGUCUGUAUGAGUUGGGAGCCAAUCAUGUUGAAGUCAUCCCAUUGAUCAGGUUAUAAAUAGCAAAUUAUAAAUGGAACACUUGGAUGGGAGUAAUUCAUAGUGUUAUUCCCAGGCCAUUUGUGCUUCGGUUGGUUGGAUUUUAUUUCUUUAUGGAACAUGCUCAUAUGUAUUGUUUAGUCUUAGUUUUUGUUUGCUUUGCCUUUUAAUGAAGAAUUUUGCUAAACAGUCUUUUGGUUCAUCUCAGAGCCAUCAUCUCCCUGAGUUGUGUAGCUCAGUCCUCUGUUUAUAGAGACAGUGCUUAAGGGUGGGAGUGUUUCUUCCAUAGAGAAGCAGAGUAGACCUAGCAGGCUGUUGGAUGGCUCCAAGUGGAAUCACUUUAUCUGUCUUAUUGCUGUGGCAGGGAUAUGUGAUGCAUUUUUUCUUUUUAAUGAUUUAUUUAUUUGAAAGUCAGAUCCUCAUAGAGAAAGGAAGUGACAGAGAGAGAGAGAGAGAGAGGAAAAUCUUCCAUCCUCUGGUCCACUCCCGAAAUGGCUGCAGCGCUCAGGUCUGGACCAUGCAGAAGCCAGGAACCAGAAACUUCUGGGUCUCCCUGUGGGUGCAGGGUCCCAUGGAUGGGGGUCAUCCUCCACAACUGUCCUGGGUGCAUUAGCAGGGAGCUAGAUCGGAAGUGGAGCAACCGCGACUUGAACCAGCAUCCAUUUGGGAUGCCAGCGUUACAGGUGGCAGCUUUGCCUGUCACACUAGAGCUCUCACCACAAAAACAAAUUGGUCAGUACGUGAGAUGGUGAAUCUACUAAAUAGAUUGAUUAAAUCAUUUUGUGAUGUGUGCUUAUAUGAAAACCUAACAUUGUACCCUAUAAAUAGAUAACUAGUAUUUGUGACUAAAUUUUUAAAAAUGAAUUUUUAAAAGUUCCCAAAGCUGCAGAAAGUACAAGCCUUCUUUACACUGAGAUCAGAUUCCUGCUACUACCACCUUCUGCCCAGCAAUUCGUUGUCCAGCGACCCAUUAGACCCACCCCUGAAGGAUAGCAGCCCGGCUCCAAGCUGAGCUCUGACCCUGCUCAGGAUGGCUGCCUGACCAUGAGGUCCCAUGUCGAUGGACCCAUUGGUAGAGGAACACAUCCCCUCGUGCUAUGGGGAGGAAGCCGCGGAUGAACUGGGGCCAGCGCACCGUGCGGACUAAUCAGCACUGAAUGUGCAAGAACAAAGCCGUCUUUUGAAGUUCCCACCCGGCAUCCUCCAGGUGGAAACUGCAGGCUGCCAGCACCCACAUGGUCCUGUUCAGAACCAGGUGGCGAAGAUGAAGCUGAUAAGUAGAUUCAUGAGCUCAGAAGCAAUCUGCCGGGUUCUUCCCUGUGAAUAUUAUUACACAGGACUCCAGGAGUGAAGGAAUCAGUACCUGGAGACAUAGUCCCAGGGAAUAAUAAACUCAGUGCUGUUCCCCGUGUGACAGAUUUGGGGAAAGUUAGCACCACUGCCGAGAUUAAGGAUAAGAACUGUCACAAUGGCCAAAACCAAGAUCUGAGAUGGGAUUCAGUGCCAUUAGAUUGUUAUUAAUGUAAUCAGAAACCCAAAAACCUUAGAACAAUUUUUACUGCUUGUUGCAGGCGUUUUAAUCCCAAAUUAUGGGGGGAGAAUGCAGGGAAGAACAGGCUAUUCCCUCAUCAAUGUCCUGUGCAUGAAGCAUUUGCAACUGGACAGGAGAGGAGCUGGCGUGGAGUGGGGAGAGAUUAGACCAGGUAAAUGUUACAGCUAGACAAGAGGAGUAAGUUCUGGUUUCUGCUACACAGUAGAGUGCCUGCAGUUAGCAAUAAUGGUAGCUGAAUUACGAGAGAGGUUUUAAUGUUCUUCCAUAAAGAAGUGAUCAAAAUUUAAGGUGAUGGAUCUAUUAAUUCCCUGAUGUAAUCAUUGCCUAGUGUAGACAUGAUUAACAAAAGGGUUACAUUGUACACCCCAAAUGUGUGCCAUUGUGUAAAUCAAAAAAUGGAAUUAAUAAAAAAGUAUUGGAGCAGAGGUGACAGGUGGGUGCUGGCCUUCACACAGUGACAGUCACUUGAGGAGCCUGGCGGGUGGCAUCCGGGCCCUGUGAGUGGCCUUAGCUGUGGAGCACUGGCUUAUGGUGGGAACCCCAGCUGAUUCAGUCCGUUAGAAGGAAGCUUGGCCUCCAUGCCUGCUUGUGAAGUGACAAAAGACCUUCAAUGUGUAACCACGUGUAACCUGCUCAAUGUCCCCAAGCAGGAAAAGGUGGGGGGGGGCAGUGCUGUGGCAUAGCGGGUAAAGCUGCUGCCUCCAGUGCCGGCAAUCCAUAUGGGCGCUGGUUCAAGUCCCAGCUGCUCCACUUCCGAUCCAGCUCUCUGCUAUGGCCUGGAAAACCCGUAGAGGAUGGCCCACGUCCUUGGGUCCCUGCACCUGCAUGGGAGACCUGGGAGAAGCUCCUGGGUCCUGGCUUAGGAUCAGUGCAGCUCUGGCUGUUGCAGCCAACUGGGAAGUGAACCAGCGCAUAGAAGACCUCUUUCUCUCUGCCUCUCCUUCUUUCUCUGUGUAACUCUAACGUUCAAGUAAAUAAAUAAAUCUUUAAAAAAAGACCUUUCAUUUUUCUAAAUAAAGAUGGGUAAGAACUCCUAUGAUUCAGUAAUGCCCAUUUCUCAGCAUCCCUCCUCCCCAGCCCCACUGAUAAUCUGCAAUUGGAAUACAGGAGCAUCCUGCUAUGCAGGAUUUGGGGGCUGUUCUGACUCCAGCUGUGACCUUGAGCGGCUUCAUCCUUUGAUGGAAGCAGCACCUCCUUCCAGGAACCCUGUGCAGACCUAGUGGAAACAGUAACUCUGCAGGGGCAGCACUGUGAGGUCUUGCCUGCAUGGCCUGCAGGAGACGGUGGCUGUCAGCAUGACCCUUCUCACCAUAUUUUACCCAACAAUCAGAACAAGGAGUGUGCAUGUCCUUUGGCCUGAAUUCUAGCUUCUUUUCCAAUCUCAGACUAGCACUGAGUGAAAUCAGGUUGCCCACGAUGUCACUGUCCUAAUUGUUUUACCAGGAAAAAUUGAGAUUUGACUUCCAAGCUGUGCAUCACGAAGCUGUCUUUCGUCACCACGCCAACUGUCUCAAAAGAAAUCACAUCGCGGUCAUGGAUUUUUUAGCAUCCUUUCGAUUCCAGGGACCGAAUCCUCUGAGUCAGGGUGGUAUUUGUUGAAGGUCGGUUGCCAGCCGUUCUUUGUAGCCUGCUGCGAUUCAGGGAUAUCUGCAAUAAAUAAAUAAAUAUUGCUGCAGGGCUGGCUUCAGAGAGGCUGCCUGCAGGAGAGAGGCUGCUUUCAUGAUUUCUGCUUCUGUGUGGGAGGAGGAAGCUGGCAUCCAGGGAGGCACUGGUGGUCACGAGAGGAGGCUCGGGAAGGACCCCAUGGGUGCGGUGCAUUGACCCAGUGAGUGAGAAAAUGCAUCUGCCAUUCUGCCGCUCAGCCCCAUCACGAUGCAAAUUGAGAGAAGCCAGUUUAUGACCAGAGACACCUUUCACAUUUACAGUUCUCAUGCAGAGGAGUACGGAGCUCUGGGGAAAUGGUGGCCUGGACUCCAACCUUCUCCCUCUCCUGCUGCACACCCUGGGUGGAGCAGCCACUGGGUCUGUGGGUGUCGGGGGCAGGCUGUGGGUUCAGUGCAGGUCAUGGGCAGCACUGGGGCAGUGCUUCCACCCCUGCCCACCACGGGCCACAGACACUUGGGGGACAAGCACUGGAGAGCCCUGGGGUGAGUCCUGGGAGAAGCCUGGGCCUGCAGAGGUCCCAGGAGGUGUCAGUGAGGAACGUGCAUGGGCAGUGACAGGGUGCCCUGGUCUUCCCUUGCUGCCAGGGUGGGAGAAAGCCUGCCAGAGAGGCGUGGAGGAAGCUGUGUGCUUGUGACUCUUUAGGGAAGCCACUUCACCUUCUGCAAUGAAGGGACCCGCCGUCCCACCAGAAGGCAGACCAGGGCCCAGCUGUGUGACCGGUCAUCCCCAGGGGCCUGGCAGCCAGGGGCAGAGUUGAUGUGAGCAGAUGGGGCUCAUUCUCGAUGCAGCAGUUGCUGGAGAAGACCUGGGACCACCACAGAAGCACUCCUUGUGAUAGUACAGGGAGCAUUCAGCACUUAGAAGUCGAAGAGUGUGUGUGAGUGGUGGUGGGGGCCAGUCAGUAGACAUAGGAACAAAAACUGUGGGACACUUAGGAAUCAAUCAAUAAGACAGGCCAACAGCAACAUCUUUUGGGAGACUGUAUGAAAGCAGCCACGUCUGCAUAGGAGGAAAGCGUUAUGGCAGUGCCAGUUCUCCCAAGAGCAGUGGGCAUGGGUGCCGUACAUCUCUACCUAGAACAUUCUCUGGGAACUGAAGAGAUGGCCUUAAAGUUUAUAGUGCCACAGUAUAGCCAUUUGUAAAAAGAAGAGUGAGAAGGAGCAACUUUUCCUACCAGAUACAGGAACCAGGGCUGCAGUGGCAACUUGUGCGUGAGUCACUGGUGCCUUGAAGAGAGUGGGGUAGGAACACCCCCCUCACCCCAUCAUGUACCCCACAUAUGGGACCAGGACCCUGCCCAGGGACAUCUUCCACCCAGAGAGGACACCCUGGUCACUUUACAAGAGAGGCUCUUCUCAGCACUCAGGCCACUGGUGUCACUCACCAGACAUGCCAUGUGAUCAGACCAGCACGGUGCAGACAUGGAAAAGGACAUGUAGAUUGCUGGAACUGAACAGAUAAACCCAAACAAAGUUCUGGGUGAGAAUUUUCCGGGUAAGAGAGGGCACUUAGCUUCAGUGGAGUAAAGAGUACUUUCUACUGUUGAUGCAACUGGAGGGAAUAUGUUGGACCCUUGAAUUGUAACAUAUAGAAGGGAAUAUCAGUUCAUCUGAACACUUACAUCCUUUAAAGGAAAUACUCUGUUUGUCCCCCACAGAAAAACCAAGCAAGCAAACCAGCAGGUACAAUCCAGACAUAUAGGAGGCUUAUUUAUCCAGGCCUAGGAAAGUUAGCUAUAUUUAAGUAUAUACAAAUAUAAAACAAAAUUGUACCGUAAGCAAAAAUUAACGUUAAGAAACAAACAAACCAUAGCUCUUUAGACACAAGUUAUUUGCACUGCAAAAGACAGAAAAAGGGUUAUUUUUUUAAAUGCUCCUGGAGCAGGCAUUUGGCGUAGCAGUUAAGACGCCCUUGGGCUGCCUACAUCCCAUAUCGGAGUCCGUGCAUUUGAGUCCUUGCUGUGUUUCUCAUCCAGGUUCCUGCUAAUGCGUUAGAUCCCCAGAAAGCAGCAGGUGAUGGCUCAAGUGCUUGGGUCCUUGUCACCCACAUGGGAAACCCAGAUUGAGUUCCAAGCUCCAUGCUUUGGCCAGGCCAGGCCCUGGCUACUGGGGGCAUUUGAGGAGUGAACCAGCAGAUGGAAGAUUUCUCUCUCUCUCUCUCUCUCUCUCCGUCUCUCCCGAUCUUUGCUUUUCAAAUAAAAUGAAAACAAAAUUUUUAAAACGUUGUCACAGGUUAAGUUGUCAACAAGGCAGCAAAGAGCAGUGUAGUAGAAUGAAGGUGGGGGGGGGGGUGCUGUGGCAGAGUCGGCUAAGCUUCAGCCUGUGGCACCGGUAUCCAGUAUGGGUGCCGGUUCUAAUCCCAGCUGCUCCUCUUCCAACCAGUUCUCUGCUAUGUCCUGGGAAAGCAGUAGAAGAUAGCCCAAGUGCUUGGGCCCCUGUACCCACGUGGGAGACCUGGAAGAAGCUCCUGGAUCCUGGCUUCAGAUUGGCCCAGGUCCAGCUGUUGCAGCCAUUUGGGGAAUGAACCAGUGGAUGGAAGACCUUUCUCUCUUUCCCUCUCUCUGUCUGUAACUCUACCUCUCAAAUAAGUAAAUAAAUACAAUCUUAAAAAAAAAAGCCUCUUAGGGAAAAUGAUUAAAAACACAGGGCAUCACCAUAAGAAUGGGGCUCCUAUAACUUCUUCCCAUUUCACUGGCAUUUCUUUAAUUGAAUGAAUUAACAAAGGAGACAUUACCUUGAGACCCUAACAGUGUCUGCACAGUGUUGUAAAGGCUUUACAGAUGGGCAUUUGGGCAGCCUGCAGUGCUGGCCUUCCAUAUUGGCACUGGUUAGAGUCCCAACUGCUCCCCUUCUGAUCUAUCUCCCUGCUGAUGGCCUGGGGAAAGCAACAGAAGAUGACCCAAAUACUUGGACUCCUGCCACCCUGUGGGAGAUCUAGAAGAAGCUCCUGGCUCCUGGCUUCAGCCUGGCCCAGUCCCAUCUUGGGAGUGAACCAGCAGAUGGACAAUCUCAAAGGUUUAUUUUAUUUAUUUGAAAGGUAGUGUACAGAAAGAGGGAGAGACAGAGAGAGAAAUAUCUUCCAUUAGCAGAUGGCCACAAUGGGCCGGGCUGGGCCGGGCUGGGCCAAGCGGAAGCUAGGAACCAGGAGUUUCCUGCAGGUCUCUCACAAGGCUGCAGGGACUGAGGACCUGGGCCAUCCUCUGCUGCCCUCCAAGGCUCACUAGCAGGGAGCUUGAUCCAAAGCAGAGCAGCAGGGACUCGAACCAGCCCCUAAACGGGAUGCAGGAAUCACAGGCAGUGACUUUACCCACUACAUCACAACGCCAGCCCCAAUAAAUAAAUCUUUAAAAAAAACGUGAAAAGAAAUGCUUCUUUAAAAAAAAAAAAGAAAAAGAAAAACAAAUGGGCAGCAGCAUUUUGAGAUGUCUAUGGAGGUGCUUUCAAAAUGUCCCACCAUCUCUAGGAUGAUUUGUCAAAAAAUAAUGCUGUGUUAAAGCACACUAAGGUGUUUAUAAGUUGUCUUAUAUUUGGGUGUCACUGUGCAGUCACAAGCCACUAUACUUGCUGGGAAAAAUUCACACAUUCCAGGUGUUCCAUGUUGCGUGUUGUAGCGAUUCGAGUUCAGGGUGUCCCAGUCUCUCGAUGAGAACUUGGCAUCAUUUGUCCGUUCUGAAGAAGGCAAAGCCCCUGGUGACCCUGGGGAGCUGUUGCCGGGGCAACUCAGUGCCUUUCUGACUUCUCCUCAGAGCGGCCAGUAUUUUCCAUUCAUCUUGAUUCAUUUGAGCAGUCCACCGCCUGCACACAAGUGCUUCCACACACAUCCGGGACAUUCUGUACAGCUCAUGUCACUUUUAGGAGCUGAUUUUGGGCGUUUGGCUCAAACUGCAUUUUGGGUAUGUUUGCUGUUGGAAAAUUCACCCUGGGAUGAUCUCUCAUCUCUCGCUGCCUCUGGGUUUGAGUCGUGGAUGCAGAGCCCGUUGUUAGCCAGUCUCACGGAAGGAGCAGAUGCUUCAGUUCCUGGUGAGAGGAAGACGCGUGCUGCAUGUUGCGCAACUACACUUGGCUCAUGGCCCCGCUGUGGAUUUUGCCAUUUCUGUUUCAGUGCUGAGUUCUCACCUACAUGAUUUUUAAAAUAUGUUGCUUAAUAAUCCACCCUGCAGAAUGCUCAUUCUGGGUGUUUCAACGCAGUGGCUCUCACCUGGGCGUGGUCUUGUCCCUCCGAGGUGUCUGGCAGUGGCUGGAGCCAUAUUUGGUUGCCACAGUCACUGGAGGAGGCCGCUGCUGGCUUUGCACAGGGAAAGGCCAGGGCUGCUGCUCAACACCCUACAACACACACAGUGCUGGGCAUCGAGGGAUUCCCUGGUGCAAAACGUCAGAAGUGCGAGGGCUGAAACGCCCUUUACAGCUGUUGUCUCCCUCAUUCUGAGCCUUCCCCUUCUCUGCCUGUUGUGAACUGAGGGCAUGUUACAUUUGGCGUAAUUCUAGUCUUGCUUAGUCUUUGUAAAUUGCUAUAAAAUCUCUUUCAAUCUUUCACUCUCUCGCUCUCUCUCUCUCUCUCUCUCACACACACACACACACACACACGCUCCUUUUUAGUCUCCCAUCUGAAAAAUAAAUUCCGUGCCGAAUUUUCUUAUUCCCAAGGCAUCAGGCCUUGGCACUAAUGACUAUUCCAUGAGAUUCUUGGCGCUCUUGCUCUGACCCCGCUGUAUGGAGCCUGCCUCUCUGCCUCUCAGCCUCAUGCUUUUUCUGUUCGCUGAUAGCAGCAGUGUCCUGUUCUGCUCUUGGUUGGCAAAGGCAUCCUGCAGUAUCCUCUUGCUUGGGAGGGCUGAGUGUAGCUGACUCAUAAGUUAGUUCACGAGGUUUCCUCUUUUCUUAACAGUGUCUUCUGUGGGUCUUUCUAGAUACUGUACUUUGGGCCUUGCCUGACCUUGAAGCUUUUGGAGGGAAAGAGAAUGCAUUAGACUGUUUUGUCAUAAGGCACACAGCAUCUCAGUAGUCCCAGCUGGCUCUGUCUGUGUUGGGAUGUGCUUCUCAGGAGCUGCCUUACCAACAGGCAGUGUUAUAAACUGACAAGGAGGCCAGAAGCAGCCAGAUGUUUGGAGAAGAGCUUUGUCUUUAUGGGGAUUAAUUUUCCCACGUCCAUAAAAUAUACUAAACCUGUAAUCAGAUCUGUGUGUUUAAACGUAAGCAGUACCCAUCCCUGUGCUGUUUCCUUGAAAUCCUGUGAAAGAUUACUGUGUACUAUAUGUCUAAUUAAACAAAAUACUUGCUCUUAUUUUAAUUCCAAGCCACUUAUCGUAUAUAGGAUGUAACUUGCUGCUCAUUUGUAGUAUUUCUGUUUUAAUUAGUCAAACACAUAGUUUGAAAAUAAUAGCAGAAACAAAUCAUGCACAAAAUCAAAAAAAUAAAGAAGAGAUCAAAUAGCCACCAUGGUCUCAAGUGCUUGAGAGAUCACUGUCGACAGUGUGGUGCCAGCUAGGGGAGCGUGAAGCCCUGGACGGGAGCAAAGGGCUGCAGGAUGUGUGUGGGUGUGUGUGUGCGUGCAUGCACAUAUACACACUUGCGGGGGCUCUGGGGGCAAUGGAAUAGCUUCUGCUAGGACAGCCUGUGCAGAGAGGUCAGACCCCAAUUUGCAGAUCCACAGCAUGGGAGCCUGUAGAGCCCUGCUUUCCUGUGGUUGAGUCAUCUCCUGGGGUGAAACCAUUUACCGUGUGUGUGCUGGGGCGUGGUCAUCCUAAAUAGCAGCGCUGACCAGAUGUGCGACAUCGUCCCCAAAGCAGUCACGUAGUUGUCUUUCUAACCAUUUCCUGCAGGAGGGAUUCUGUGGGUAAGGGUGGGGCAGCUCUGUGAGACAGCUUAGCUGCCCAAUGGGAAGCUGGCCCCUUGGUCCUUAGCCUCCCUUCUGGAAGGGUCAGGUGUGCUGUGCUCCUGUUGGGAAGCAGCCAGAAGCUGCCAGGUCAGCCUGAAGCCAUGAGAAACAGCAGCUGCCUGCCCUAAUAAGAACUCUCAGAGCUGCCCAGUUAACCCAGAGGGACAUGCCCAAGGUGAGAGGCGGGGGGAGCUCGCUGUGCCGCUGGGGCCGCAGCUCAGCCGGUCCUGGCCGCAGGUGGUCUCGGUGAACGAUGAGCUCAUCCCUCAGUCGGCUAAGGCCCAUGUGGGGCACGUGUCCCAGUUUGUAGCAACAACUGCAAUGUGCUGACUUUUGACCUUGGGGCCUCUGUGUGAAACGAGGCAAGAGUUUUGGCGGAUGGACUGAAAUUUGUUAUUCUGUGUCUGUCAAACUUGGGCAUAAAUCUGGAACUCUCUGCCUUCCCAUUCUUUUUAAAACACAGCAGAUAUUCUGUUCUCGACCACCCCAUUGGUCUCUAGCUGCAUAACUUAAAAGGGAAAAAAAUGAAGAGAUUUUUCAGUUAGCCUUUUACGAAGCCGCCAUUGGACAGUUGUCCUUUAGGCUAAGAUCAGAUGUGCCUUCAAAAAUCAAACAUCCCCAAGGCAUCAUGGAUCCUGGAGUCACAUAGAUGUGUGUGGUCUUGGACAGGUCAGCCUCUCCGUGGUCAGUUUUCACAUCUGUGAAUGGGAGCAUAAUGUAGGAAGAGGGAGCUCAACACCAUGAAAUGGUCUGAGCAGCAUCCAAGGAAGUGGUGCUUUUAUAUUUUUUAUGUUCUGAUGAGUAUUUUAAAUGUGAUAGUUAUGUUAAUUAUACAUAUGUAUGGGGAGCAGUGUGAUAAAUUCGAUUCAUGUAUACAGUGUGUACUGUAAAAUCAGAGUAAUCCACAUUUCCUCUCCUUGUUCAUGCUUUAUGUUUGAAGACUUCAAGCUCGUCUCUUCUGUUUAAUCAUAAAAUACAUAAUGGGUUGUUGUGAACUAGAGUCACCACAUAUCACUGUGUUUUGGUUCUCAUUACCCGGCCUCCUUCAUCUCCCUCUCCCUCCUGCCUCCAGUAGACCAUUGCAAGGUAAUGAUGAUGUCUCCAUGAUGAGAGGAAUUUAGCACCCAGAGCUCCAGCUGGCUUUGGCACAAAGACCUGGCCAGGCCCUGAGUCACCCCCUUGUGUUGCAGUCAGCUUAUGCACAGCUCUGUCUUCCGAAAGGCUGCACAGCCUGGCAUGGGUUGGAUGCACAUGUUCGUGAGUGAUAAACAGGUCUGGAGGGAGACAAUUAAGUGCUAAGAUGUUUGGAAGGAUGACCUUCUGUACUCACAGGUCUGCCAUUGCAACUUCCAGCUUCCAGAAAUGAUUACAGCAGCACAGACAGUCGGGGACUGUCUUUCCAGCAGUAUCCACUCAGCCAAGGAGGGGUGAAGGCAGACGGGUGAGGGCAGAAGGCAGGAUGCCCUGGGCUUCUGACUCUACCCAGCCUCUGGAGGUGGCGGGCACUGCGGAGCCUCAUGCUGUCCUCCCUCCUGUAGGACCUGCCCUCACCCACCUGAUGCCAUGUGCCGGCCUCACAGCUCCCUGCUGACCUGUCCCUCGCCGUGGGUGUGCACCUCCCCUCCAUGUGCUUUUGCUCUUUGGCUUCCCCACCUCACUGCUUCCUCACCCUGUAGAGUCUGUGCUGAGCUCACAGCUCUGCCUUGGCCAUCGCCCCUUACCCCCCAUCCCAACGCUUUGUCCUGCUGCUCUCAGUGAUGCGGGCUCCAGUCACCUCUGUGCCCUGGAGCCCCAAACUUGUACCUCUGUCUUCCUUUGCUUUCCAAGCUAUCCAUGUCUGCAAGCUUCUAGAACGCAAAGUUGCUCAUGGUUGGACUCUCUGUCCCUUCUCAAAGCAGACCACGUGCCUGGUUGAGGUUGGUGGUGUCCCACUUUGCAGCCCUGGGCUCCUUAUCUGACCUUCUUAGUUGUCUGCUCAGCCAAUCUUGCACUUUGUCUCUUUCAAAAUCUCCUAACCAUGAACUGGCCUUUGAGAACAGCUGUGGGCCUGGCCCUGGUUUAUCUUCUAUUUUAACACACACCCUUCCAACCUUGUCCUAAAUCAAUUCUACUCUUUAGGUAGUCCCUCAGAGGUAGGGAGGGAUUUGGGUUAAACUAAGGUUUUUCUCACCCUUCAGAACUGGUUCAAAUGCCUCCUCACCUGGGAAGUACUCCCUGGUUGCCUAAUCAAUAGGGAUGUUCAUCCUCUCACCUUGUUAAUUGUUCUUCAAAAGUUUUACUUCUCAGUCUUAAAAACCUUCAUCUCCUGCCUUCUUCACUUUCUGCCCUGCCCAUUCUGACCCAAGACUCAUUCUCUUUGUGGAGGAGGGACGACUAUAAAGGGAGAGAAAGCAAGGUGGGGGGUGGGCAGUGAGAUGGGCCGUCCUGGUAGCCCCAUUCCGCCCCUGCCCCUGAAGCUGUGGGUGUGUGGUGUACAUCGUGGGCUGGGGUAGGGGGGAGUCCUAUGAGUAGCUGUGAAGACUAUCUGGGGUUCCAUCACACGAACAUUUUAGGAACAUGACAAAGUGUGCAGUACAGUGUGGCCACACAAAGUGGUUAGAUAGUCUGAGGGUAAGAAAACCAAAUGUGAAUGUGGGUUAACAGACAGAUGAAGCUUCUCGUUCGUCUCCUGAGUUGGUGUCUCUGGCUGUGAGACGCUCUGCGAAGCACAGCGGAUGCUUGUGUGCAUCUGUGGUGUCUCGUGGACACUGCAGGACGUGUGGGCGGCACCAUCACCCGCCCCUGCUUUGUGUUGACGGCAGCGCCACUAAACUCGAGAGAUCCUGUCGCGUCACGAUGGAGAAUGACUCGCUGUGUGUAGAAUCAGAAAUGAGGGUGUGUCUUCCUCUUGCAUCUUUGCAUCCAGCCCAGAAAGAUUCUUGCAAGUGAAACUGUCCUGAACACACAGGCUGGGACAGAGAGCAUGGGCAGUGCCAUUCCGACUGUUGGCUGUGACUGUUCUGGGAUGGAACUUUCUGGAAUGGAAGUCGGUCUCCAGGGGUGUUAGUUGCUUGCAGGUGAAGCUGGAAUGUGUCCCCACCUUAAGAAACAUUGUAUCCCUUUGCUGUUAGGGAAAAUUGUAGCCAAAUAACACAAAUGCAAAUCCACUCAGAAACAAUGCAUUAAAAAUAAAAGAACAAUUUGUUCAUUUCUUGAAGAUUUUUUCUUUUUUUUUAAUUUUCAUGAAAGUUUGUUUGGUUAUAGGAAAUAAAACUUUAUAUUCCCCAUUUUGGACUGGUUCAUGUAUACAUUGUGGUGACACCAGAAGUGAUACGGACACUUGAACAGUACAGACUGUGAUGUGUUUCAAGACAUAAAGCAUUAACAACACAUUUCUGAGCAGUAAUCCUUAAACCCUUCCUUAUGCUACAGAAUAGUCAUAGCAGUUUCCUGGUCAAAAGCAUGUUUUCAGUUGGUUAAGGCAAUGGUUUCAAAUUCCACAAGUCAGCCAUCCCCUCUUGGGAAAUUAAUUACUUAAUAAUCUUGGAAACAUAACGAGUAAUAGUAGUUUAAUUCAGUCUAAACAAAUGUCCCAAAAUGAUGAAUUAAGACACUUUAAUUUGUUUUUUCUUUUUCCUGAUUGUCCUUACACACCCCCUGGUCAUUCUAAUUAUAACAUUCCCUUAUCCUUUCACCCUUGCAUUGUGCUGUUUUGCACAAAUAAGGCUCGGAUAAGAACCGUAAGGCUCAGUGUGGCUGAUUCUAAAAUGUAGGCAGUUUUGCUCAGAAAAGAUGAACACUAAUCUUGGAAGCUGCCCCUUAUCCUGGUAACAGACCUUGGACAUCAUCUACUUAAUGGCCUCAGCAUGGCCGCUGAGCACACAGAGGCCAAGAAGUGAAGUGGCUGUCAGAGAGACACCUGCUGACCAGUGGCAGGGUUGGGCUGUCCACUUCCAGUCUGGAGGGAAGGUGGCCUUUGGUGUUUCUAGGAAAUACCUGCUGUGCCUGGGUCUUUAACUACAUCUUUCAAACAAGACAUUUCUUCACUAUCUCCUCGUGUUUGUUUUUGGUCUCAGAAAUACCACACCCUUUCCACCAACCCCCUCUGAACUCAUGGAUCAAGUGAGGAUUUGGACUCUGGGAAUCCUGAGCAGGAAAUUGAGGCUGAUGGGAAGAGUUAGUUGUCAUUCCGGUGGAGUCACCAGGUGCCCUGCAAGUGUUUACUCAUCUCCGAAACCGCUCAUGUCCUAAGACUUCACGUUUUCCAAGUUUUCUUCAUUUUUAUACUCCACUCACACGCUGUGAAUGUGACUUCGCAGAGAGAAGCCCAUUUGGAUGUUAAGCAUGCUUGCAAUGCAGUCUUUCUUGCGAAGGAGCCUCUCUUGGAUGGGGACGUUGUAAACCGAAGUGCCGAGGGCGUUUCUCAUUUGCUGCGUAGCUGAGAAACCGCUGCAGCCGUGCAGGAAAUGGAAACGGUGUGUACUCUUCUGUUGCUGAGUAACAAAUCACUACAAACGCAGUAGUACAGCCCUCACAGACGUCCUCUUCGUGGUCUCUGUGGGUCAGAGACGGGGAACAGGUUAGCUGGGUCCCCUGCACAGGGUCUCACUAGACUGAGGUCAAGGCUCUGGCCAGGGCUGGAGGGUCGGCGUCUUCUUGUCAACUCACGAAGCUCUCGAAGAACUCAGCUCUUUGUGCAGGAAGGUCUGUGCCGUGGUUUGCAUGUCCCCCUAGAAGCUCAGGCUGAAACGUAAUCCGCCUUGCGAGGUAUUAAGCGGGGAUUAGGACUGUGCGCUCAUGAAUGGCUUCAUUCAGUCAUGGAUUCAUAGGUUCAUAGGUGAUCUCAAGAGUGGAUCUGUUGUAAAAGCCAGUUUGGCUCUGUCUUUAGUGUGUGCCCCUUGUACCACGUGAAACUGUGCACUGCCCCGGGACUCUGCAGAGUCCUCACCAGCAUGAAGGCCCUCACCGGAUGCAACCCCUUGACCUUGGACCUCCCCAACCUCCAGUACCACAAACUGAAUAAACCUUUGUUCUUUAUAAAUUACCCAGUCUGCCGUACUCAGUUAUAGCAACAGAAAAGGGACUAAGACAGUCAGAUACUCCAUUCUCUUGCUGACUGAUGGUAGGGUUGCACCCUCUGGCCCUGGUCCCAUGACCCACUUGCCCUCUUACACCUCGUUGAUUCUGAUGUUCAACUCAGACUUACAGGGCUCACAUGGGUGGGUUGGCACCCUGGUCGGUCUCCCUAUUGUUCAGCUCAUAAUCUAUUGAUGGGUCUCCUUGGUUCCAUCCCCAGAAAUGACUCCACCACACCAGUAGGCCCACUUCACUCAGGAGUCCUUGCUUGGGCCUGUAAGCCAGACGUGGGGAUACUGAGGCUGUCUCACAAUCCUGCAACCACGUGGGGGUAGCACCUGUCCUUGGAAGGAAUAUCAAGUGGGUAAACUAACUAGAGGCACUUCCUAAAAUUGUUGUCAGUGCACCCUGUUGUAUUGAGAACUGUGACUUUUUUAAGCCUUGCCAUGGCAGAAAAUGCAACCCAUCUCACAAGAGCCUGUGGUCCCCAGAGGAAUGCAGGCAUUUGCCUGGGUAGGGUUAGAACAAGGGCAUUUGCAGGGUGGCCCUGGAGUACUGCACCCCCUGGGGACUUUUCCAGUGCAGAAGAAUGGUCACAUGUCCUGUCCACCUGAACAUCACACCAUGCUCAGUGACCUGGAAGCUGGAAGUCCAAGUUCCAAGUGCUGGCAGGGUUUGCUCCUUCUGAGGCUCUCUCCUUGGCUGCUUCUGUGCUGUGUGCUCUCAUGGCCUCUCCUCCGUAUGUGUGCACAAUCCUGGUGUCUCUUCUUCUUGCAAAGACACCAGUCAUAUUGGAUUAAGGCCCAUGCUUCUUGCCUUAUUUUAAUUUAUUUAAUUACCUCUGUGAAGAACUCAUCUCUAAAGAUAGUCACAUUCUUAGGGCCUGGUGCUUAGUGUUUUAGCAUAUGAAUUCUGAGGAGGGCACACAAUUUAGAAAACACCAGAAAAGACUGGCAAAAUAGCAAUUAAAUAUUGUACUCCCAAUAAAUAGCUAGAUGAAUGGAUUAUUAAAAAAAUACAAAAUAAUAGUAGAAAUGCAGCAUGCUGGGACGUGGUAGGGUUGGGGUAGGCCAGAUUCAGCGCCAGGUGCCCCAGCUUGAAAGAGUUGACAGGAUUUUGAGCCUCAAUGGGGAAUCUUCUUCCUUUGGAUUUGGACAUAGCAAGGCAGCUCCAUCAUGCUGCCCCUCCACAAAUGGUUUCUGAGUCUGGGUUCUCCAGGGGCCAGCUCACUAUGAAUUCUUGUGGCCUGAGUAGUUGUGUGUGUGUGUGUGUGUGUGUGUGUGUGUGUUUCAGGAGCCAGUGUUCAACCUUCAGGCCUCGUGGAGCCUGAUUUUGCUCAUGUGACUUUCCAUAGCCUAUGUGGCCCUCCCACCCACUGUGGACCAAGGUCUCCACAUAGCACCCCUGUUGCUUGGUCUCAAGAGUGGGAAACUGAGUGGUCUCAAGAGGUUUUGGGGAAAUUCUGCUCUGAAAUUACUGCCUAAAAACAUGUUCCAGGUGGAGCUAAUACUUUAUGAUUACAAAGCAGAUGGAAACCAGCCUUAUUUUUGAUGAGGUUUAUAACUGGAAUGUAGUUAGCAUAAACACUUAGUGCUGCAGGGCCUAGGAACUGUGUUUCUCUGUCCCCUCCCCAUGGUCAUGAUUGUUGUCCUGAGGAGCCCUGUGGCACCUCAGCUGCUCCACUGACUCCUGGGUAAAUGCUGCCCUCCUCUAUGGCAACAAUGAGUUAUCUUUGGAAACUUUCUUUCAAAGGCCCUUUCACAUUGCUUUGUACUUUCUUUAGGAACUCAACAAAUGGCCACAAUAAGGAAGAAAGUCUAAAAAGUUAAUCUUAACAGUGAUAUAAAGUCAAGGUCUGAUCUUUGGAAAAGGAAAUAGAAACGUGGUUGGAAUAUUUUAAUAUGUCAGACCUCAAGGCUGUCUGCCCCUAUGCCAGGAAGAGGUCAGACAGUUUGGCAGUAAGCAAGAAAGCAGGUGAUACUACUACUUCUUUAUAUGUUUACUUAAAAAGCAGAGACAUCAUCAUCAGAAACAGAGAACUCCCAUCCACUGGUUAAUUACCUGAAUGCCUGCAACAGCCAGAGCUGGGCCAGGGCAUAAAUAGAAGCCAGGAACUCAAAGUGUGCCUCCCAUGGUUGCACCAUCCCAUUGCUUGCGCUGUCACUGCUGCCUCCCAGGGUGAACGUUAGCAGGAAGCUGGAACUGGGAGCAGAGCCAGAACCCAAAUCCAAGCACUCUGAUAUGGGAUGCAGGCAUCCCAGUGACAUCUUAACCUCUGCGCCAAAUUCCUGCCCCUCACUGCCACUUGGUUGCCUUGUCGGAGAGCCAGCCGACCCUGGGGCUAAGAUAUGAUGGGUCAGGGCUUGGCCAUGACCACUGGGCCUGGAAUUUCCCUGGGGUAACCGUGGUGGGGCCUAUUGGCCAGCAGGCAGUAGGGUUGGUCCCAGGUAGUGACACAGCUUUGAAACAUGCUUGUAGGGAGUGAUGGGUUGACGUAAAUUUGUGGCCACAUCUAAGACUCCAGGGUCAUUGUCUAGUGGUUGUGUCUUGCCAUGCAUUAGUUUUGAGGACAGAAGCUGAAUAUUUACAUUAUCUUUGCUCUCCCUGCACUGUCCAGACCUGUGUUUUGUAUGUAUUGGUUGUGAAUCUUGAGUUAGACAAGUGCCAAAAAACAGAGGCUUAAAAGGGAAGGAGAUACUUACAGCAUCUGGAGCAACUGAUGGCCGGGAGCCCCUUGAAGAUGCCAGAGAUUCCCUGAGAGCCACACCUUGGAAUAAAAUAGAAGUGGAAACACUGGUGGGUGGCUUCCUAGCCCUGUAAACCCUGCACGCUUCCCAGUGCUCAGUGGUCUGAUGGAUGAGGCUAACCUGGUUCACUUGAGACCCAGACUUGCUGCCUCAUCCUCUCUCGGAACUCAGGAUAGGAGUGGGGUUUCAUGGGCAGAUGGGAGGACCUGUAAGGAGCUAUGCUUAAUGGGAUGUGUUUUUAGUGCCUUUUUCUCAACAGUGUCACCCAGAGAAUUUCUUGAUGUGAUUUCUUCGUACAACAUGUCAUGUUAAAACAAAUUAUGUUGCUCUACAUAUUUGAAGAUGGUCAAAGUUGUCUUCAAGGAUCUUUUAAAACUAGACUUUAUAGGACUAAGUGAUAUAUUUUUCCAGGGUUAAAAAGUCUAGAGAAGGAAUCUGCAAAUACCAUUUUCAUCUAAAUGCAUAUGAUAGCAACCAGCAGAUCUUGAAAGCCGAAUGUGUUGCUCGUAGUUCUAAGUAGUUGAUGUUCUCUGCUUCAUCUUGAAUGCGCUGAGGAUGUUCCUGCUGUCUGCUCUGUUCUGCAGAGAACAAUGAACUGAAAAGAGAUUUGCUCAAAGGUGGAGCAGGGAUCAAGGAUCCCACAUGCCUAUAUUCCUCACUGCCAAGUGAUUU